UGCCACUCUGUGAUCAUCGCCAUGCCGGAGUUACCUGAUGAUCAUGUGGAUUCGAUAAAGGCAGGAACCCUUGUCUAUUGGAUGGACCAGGAUGAGGAUGUCCCACGUGGCGCCAUUGGGGAGGUCCAUGACAUGGAUGGUAACGACUGUGUCGUUGAAUUUCCCAAGCGCAAGAUUCACGUACCUGUCAGCAAGCUCAAUGUGUCGGACUUCCAGAAGGGCACAUUCAUCCAUUUGACUGAUGAUGGCCUUGCGGGUGACACCAUGGGACAAGUGAAGGGCACUACCGGUGAGAAUGGGAAGUUGUUGAUAGAAAUUGAAGGGGAGGAAAAGGAAGUGAAGCCCAAGUACCUCUUCAAAUGCGACUGUCAGAUUGGUAUGUUUGUCAUGUGGAAAAAGUCAGACGACGACAUUCCUGCUGGCCAUGUGGGUCAAGUGCUCGAUGACUUGAACGAGAAAGGCAAGGUGAAGAUAAAGUUUCCCAACGGAUGUUGGCGUUUCAGGCCAAAGGAUUUGGUUAAGAGCCAUGUGCAGCCAGGUUCAUAUGUACAAUGGACUAAUUCAGAUGAUGAUGUCGGAGAGGGGGAGAUUGGAGAGGCUACAGGAGACAUCAGUGACUCUGGCAAACUGGAGGUGGCCUUUUCCAAAGGAACCUGGAACUUCUGGGCAGAGUCCUUGAUUUUAUACGAGUUGCAGUUGGGAGCCUUUGUGAGAUGGCAGAAAAUCGACGAAGACGUGAAAAAAGGAGACCUGGGACAAGUGGUCGGAAUCAAAGUCUCCGAGGGUCGAUUGCGAGUUCAGUUUCCCAAAGGUCAAUGGAAGUUUAAGGCCAAUGACUUGAGUCUUUGCCGGAUCCAACCAGGAAAUUUGGUGCUGUGGACUCAGUCCGAUGAAGAUAUCCCGCGGGGAGACAUUGGCGAAGUCAUUCGCUUAGAUGAUCGUAAACUUUCAAUUCAAUGGCCCAAAGGACACUGGAGUAUGAAGAUCAACGAGAUUCAGAAGUGCCGAUUUCAGAAAGGAGAUCGUGUGCAGUGGACCAAAUCGGACGAUGAUAUCCCGGAAAGCAGCAUUGGCAUAGUCAUGGGCAUCAGGUAUGGUGAAGACUCUGGCGACAGGCUCUAUGUAAAUUGGCCCAAGGGUAGGUGGUCAAUGAAGCCGAUUGCCCUGCAGGCUUUGAACUUCGAUGCAGAUGGAUCAAAUCAACUGAAGUUAGCUUUCAAGCGCUUUGAUGCGAAUGGAGAUGGGAAACUCUCGGAAGAGGAGUUUCUACAUGUUCUUGGAAAGUUGGGAGGUAGUGGAGGUGGUUUGGCACCUGAGGAGUGUAAGCAGCUGUUCCAAGCCCUGGACCAAGAUGAGAAUGGAAAGCUGACAGUCAGUGAGUUUAUCGACUAUGUUUUCUCAGAUGCGAGCGGAGGUGCCAAGAUGGUCUUGGCUGAUGGUUUCGGUUUGGAUGCCUUCCUCGGUUUCGCGGGUCAGGAAGAAGAACGCCACUACCAUGCGGAUGAAGCGGAUGAAGAUGACAUGGGUAAAAUGAAGGGUCCGCCGCCGAUGGACAGGCCUCCGAAGGCGAGCAAGUCAGAGGCUGCCAAAGACAUUGACGGAGAUACCGAGGUCUCCAAAGCGGAAUGGGCAACUGCCAUGCUGACCGUGGGUGUACCCCGCGCAGCGGCGGUGGCCAGCUUUGAUGCGGUGACUGAGGAAUGGAAGGGUCCGUGGAGUGACGGGUCGAAGGAAUGGACUGCUGAAACCAGAGAGAAGUUGGGCGCAGAGAAGGUGGAUGAUGGCACCUUUUGGAUGGCGGCUGAAGACUUUGUGCAACUCUCACGGGAUGUGAGGUACAAUAUAACUUUUGGACCAACUUGGCAGUGCGUUGCUCAGUAUGGGAACUUCGGCAAGGCCGCAUCUUUCACGGCAAUUGCCAAAAACAACUACCGUGCCUGUGACAACGGCGAAGUCAGUUUCAAGCGUGGUGACAAACUUGAAGUCACCAUGAAUCAUGGAGGUUCAUGGCUGAAGGGAGUUCACCAACCAACAGGGAAGAAGGGAUACUUCCGAAAGAAGGACGUGGACAUGAAGUGCGCAGAUACCUUUAAGUAUGAACUUUCGGUAUCAAACAUUACAGAUUAUGAUCAGAUCAUUAUCGCUCUGUUCCGCCAGAACAUUGAAAAAAUGAGAAAGUGGUACGCGCGAAAGCAGGACGGCAAGCACUACAAAGAUACGGAAUAUUCAGAUGCAUAUCUCUACGUCUAUGGCUCGAAUGAUAAGAGGCUUGUCAAACUGCACGUUGAUGAGCCACAUGACUGGCACUACCUGAAGCCUUCCUUGGGGCCUUUCAAAAUCUACGUCUCCUGCAAAGCCACUGAUUGCCAACGCUUUGCGCUCUAUGCCUUUGCUCCUCGUGGUGAAUUGCGGUUGAAACAGCUCGAGUGUGACCGUCGCUCAUGGAUGACAGAGGUGGGGGCAAGGAGCACGGUCGACAACAUGCGUGAGGCUUUGUACACUCAAACUACUGACACAGUCAAUGAGUACAUGCAUCUUGGAUAUCAACUCUUGAACGAUUAUCCACAGGCAGCCCACGUCGCCCAAUCAGUUAUGGACGUGGCUUCUACGGUGGGAGAGUAUCUCGACGUGGAAGAUGCGAGUGAUCGGGUGAUGGAUUUCGUCAACAGUGACCGGGUUCAAAACGUGGCAGAUCAGGUGCAAGAUCUCAUCCAGAGCGAUGCCGCCCGAGAGCUAACAGAUCAAGUUGGCAACCUCGUCAACCGGGCCUCCUCCUGGCUUGGGUGAGGGAUCAGUGGAAGCCAAAGAUUUGCUCCUGCAACUGAUGUCUUACAACGCUUUUGGCACUCUCUUGCCCAUGAAGAUGGACCAGCAAGCAAGGAGUCCCCUUGGUGUCUGAUGGCGUUUUCCAAAGGAAAACGCAUCACAUGUAUCAGUCUCACUCCUCGGGCGCACCGAGUUCAAAUUAGUCAAAAAAUGAGGCAACA